CUCGAAAUGGACACCACAACCCUGCCCACCCCGGAGCACUGCCUAGCGGACUUUUGCCUGAUCCCCAUCGGGACGGCAUCAGCCUCCGUUUCCGCCCAAGUGGCCGACGUCCAACGACUAAUCGAGCAAUCCGGCGUGAAAUAUGUCAUGCAUUCUGCAGGCACGACCCUAGAGGGAUCCUGGGACAAAGUCCACCAAGUCAUCGGCCAGGCACAUACGCUCCUGCACCAGCAGGGUAUUGUCCGCAUUCAAACCGAUAUUCGUGUUGGAUCAAGGACCGAUAAGGAGCAGACUGCCGAGGAUAAGGUGAAUAAGGUGCGGCAGUUACUGGCUCAGGAUAAGCAGUAGAGAGAGUCUUGAGUGGGCAUUUAGCGAUCAAUCUUCUAGUCUUGAAAAUGGACAUCUCUAGUAGUGAUGGUUUGUAGUCUUCUUAAAAGUGUUAUUUCAAUUCGUUCUAGCACCAAGACCGGCACAUGGCUUGAUGGGAAUCAGGUCUUCCAGUAUCUUGCUCAAAAAGAAAGUCAUUUCAGUCGUUUCUCAACCAAGAUAUUCAACUGAUCCCCCAAAACGCCGUAUCCCUUUUUUGCUUGGGUGCGAUAUGCCAUCUGCAAUGCAAUGCGCCAGCACCUUGCCCAAGGAUCCCAAAGCACAAAAAAAAAAAACAAGAUAGUAAUCGACAAGCCUGUCCCACCCAUAUCCAUGCUCUAUGUAACGGGCCUAACCAGGCCAGAUCCACGUUCGUAAGAAGUGGAAUCAAUCAGGGGUAAACCCUCCAAAAUGUCCGAGAACAACAAAACGCUGCACAAUAAUUGAAAGAGUCAAAAAAGAAAACAUGACGCCAAGAUUCAAUAAAAGAAUCGGCGGGAAAAAGGGGGAAGGGGAACAAAAGGGGAACUCCCCCCUGAGCUUAGAAGGAAAUCCCCCCACCCAGAAUACUAUUCCAGUUCCCUCCAGCCCAGAUCCAAUCCCCCAUACUCGUGCUAGCGCCGGAUUUGGCCGAGCUGGCCAGCUCAACUAGUCCCGAGAACACGUUAUUGAUAGUAGACCCAUCACUCGAGGAGGUCGAGGACGAAGAAACCGACGUCCGUCCCACCGCAUUGGUCACAUUGUUCAGACUAUCCACCGUAUCCAACGCAGGUCCCUUAUUGAAGAAAUCCACCAGAAUAAAAGUAGGUUGACGACCACCGUAGGCGGUCUUGCACUUAGUUGCAGUGCUGCCGAGGUUACCGGUGCCGCCGGAGGGCGCGUUCGUGGUCGACACGUAGCUGGCGUUGGCGUACUCAAUGUCUAGAAUCGCCAGAUCGGUGGAGUAUAGGAAGUGAUUCAUCAUGGGGAGGCGGUUGGAGGAUAGGGCGGUAGAAAUGGAGCCUGAGAGGGAGGUUGGUCGGUCGGGUUCGCAGGUGAAGUUCGAGGGCGAUGUCACGUCGUAGUUGUUCUCCCAUACAAAGUCAAAUUCCGACAUGAGGUAGGGGUAAUCCGUGCUGGUGGUCAGCGGCGUGGCGAAGACGACGAGCCGUUUGCCAGAGUUGAUCAUAGUUUGGAGGGUUGGCCAGGAAGAGGGUGCGGUGGUAAGUGAGUCGGGCUGGUAGGCAUAGUCGGUGAUGUUGGCGGUCUUGAAUUCGGCGCCGAGUUCAGAGGCUGAGGCGCUGUCG